CGCUUCACGUUCCCUUCGUCCUACUUCCCCCCUGGGCUAACUACGGAAAGUCGUUCGGUUCGCUAUAUGCAUGCUAGUUAGCACUGACCAUGCUGGUGAAUUAUUAUUAAAUACUAAGUAAAUGUGACACCAUUUUUAUACAAUACGGGGAUAGCUGAAUACCUAAUUGUCUUAAAAUGUCAGUGUUUAGUCUCGCUGCUAAACGCACAUGCCGUGGCGUGUCGUGCCUGAAAAUCACUCGAUACUGCCUAACAAACGUGGAGAACUUCCACAGAAGAAGAAACAGCUGCCUGGAGAGCCACAUCACAAAUGUAACGCGUCUGUUUAGCUCUCAUCCACAUAACUCCAAGGUACCAGAGGUUGCAACAUGGGAACCAGUACCAGAGGACCAACUUCCCCCGCCUGCCCAUAUUCCUACUGACCUGGUGGACAAACUGGAGCGACUGGCCUUGGUUGAUUUCCGCACCAAACAGGGACUGUUCUGUUUGGAGAAAGCUAUACGAUUUGCAGAUCAGCUUCAUGUUGUUGACACGUCAGGUGUUGAACCAAUGGAUUCAGUUCUGGAGGACAGGGCAUUAAACCUGAGAGACGAUGCAGUGAUGGAAGGGGACUGUGCUGAAGAAUUGCUUCAGCUCUCCAAAAACACAGCUGAAGAAUAUUUUGUGGCACCACCAGGAAACAUUCCGCUACCAAAGAGGGAGGAGAGGGCCGCCUUGCUGAAACAUUCAGAGUUGUGAUAUUUAUUGCUAUUUUUUCAUUUGUGUAAAAUUAAAAACCUGCUGGUCAUGCAUUUAGAUUUUGUUGUUUUUCAGUUUCCUUUGACACCUGCAGUAUGGUUGAAUCUUGUUAGUUUCAGUAUCAUUUUAUUAAAAUUGUGAGAGAGCAGUGUGUUGACGUUGGCAACCUGUGUUAGAAGGGCAGUGCAAUGGCUGUCCAUUGUUUUGAUUUGUGAUUUACAUUAUGACCAUGGGGUCAGCUGAGAAAAAAUGUGUAAAUCUAUAAACUGUGCACAUGGCUUGUGAAUCUGAGGGGGGGUGGGCAUGAAAUGUAUGUAUCCUGUUUUCAUUCUAGUGUUGUUAAACUUUAAUAAUACAAAUUUUAAUAUUU